CACUCUAUUUCAACUAUUUCAAAGUGACUCCUAUUUUGAUAAAACUUGUAUUUACAAAAUGAAAGUUGGUCAUAAACCAUAUGCAAAGUAUUCCGGUAAAACAGUGUUAUAUUGAAAUCGAAAUACACAGCUUCUAAAAUACCCGCAUAACAAAGGGGACGUAGGUUAAUUGCAUAAUUUUGUAUAAAAAAGGAACAAUAAGAUAUAUAUUUCUUAUCAGGAUUAGACAUUUUGAUCCUUAAAUAAAUGUCUAGCAGAAUAUAGGAAAAGCGAAAAAUGUCAUAAAAUGUAGCUUAAAUUGUAGUUGUAGUUGUAGCUGUAGUAGUAGUAGCAGAAGCAUCAGCAGCAAAAAGUGCAUCAGCAUCAGCAGAAUUUAUUGAAGCAGCAGCAACAGCAGCUGCAUCAGCAGAAGUAUCCGGAGCAGCAGCAGCAGCAGUAGUAGAUUAGUAGCGGUAGUAGUAGACUAAGUACUGUAGAAGUAGUAGUAGUAGUAGUAGUGAGGUAGAAGCCCCAGGAGGCGUUAUGCGGAGCGAGCAUUAUGCAUUUCAUAUUAGUAAAUCUAUAUCAAAAUCCGAGACAAGGUCUAGGAUAAUGUCUCCCCUACAUAUUUCAUUUAGAGAAAAUACAACAAAGUCCCAUUACAAAAACAAAACUUGGGCGAACAGAAUACAAAGGCAUAGUUAGGUUUGGUACCUAUCACUCGUCCUACAGGUUAUGGAGACAGACAUAAUAAUAAUAAUGAUAUAUAUACCACUCAAGAUGAUUAUAAUGAUCAUAAUAAUGAUGAUGAUGAUGAUGAGGUUUAUGAAAACAUGACGCCGUAAAUAUGUUAUAACCAUUAAAGACACGGACAGAAUCUCCGAAAAAAUAUGAUUUUCUUUUUAAGCCCUUUUUGGACAAACACAUAUUCACAUUUUUCUGAAAAUGUGAGGAGAAAGAAUCCUAUUCUUCACAAGGGUGUGAAAAAAUGAAAUAUCGGAAAAUAUGGUACAGUAACGGGUUUUGCGAUGACGUCAUUCUAUUGUAGUGACUGAAGAUUCUCUUUCACAAAUCCACAUGUCAUUUACAAAUGUUUUUGUUAGUAAAUUGUCACAUACGCCGCACCAGUUGAUCAAACUCGCGAACCCCCGACACAUAGUUUUCAGUUUAAUCUAUCGCGCCAACAAGAUGGUUACAGAAAUCUAUACUGUAUAGACACAACUCCAAAACUUGGUAAUAUACCGAGCUGCGGUGGCCUAAUGGAUAAGGCACCUGCCCCGCAAUCGGGAGGUCGAAGGUUCGAGCCCUGUCAGAGGCGGGUCUUGUUACUGAAGAGAGACCGGGUGGUGAGCCGCCAGCUAGUUAAAUAAUGGUUACCGACUGCCUACCUGCCUGGUGCCUGGCAUUAAAAAAUAGGAAUCGGGAAGUAAUGCUGUUCAAUAUAUGUAGGUGUCUCAUAAGCCAACUUGGCUGGCCCUUUCAGUAGGGGUAACACUAUAAAAAACAAACACUUUACUAUCCCUAUUACAGCGGUUUCACAUUAUACAUCAUUUGUUAUUUACGUUUCAUAUUUUCUUCAUUACGUUGACUAUGAAGUAAUUGUGUUGUAUAUAAAAAACAGCAGUAUAUAUAAUGCAAAUAAUGUAUAUUACUGUCAUUUUUUUGUCUUAGGCAUACUAAUAAUAGCAAACAUGAAUCACAAGUAAACAGUAUGAAAUAAGUAAGUUAUACCGCAAAAAACGUUUCCAGAAAAAUAAAAUUUGAAAAAAAGAAAGAAGGUUCGAACAUAAAACUUUGUAGUCUCUAGCAUGAGAUAACUCUAGCAGGAGAUCGUCCCUAUAUAGUGAUUACACCAAUCAGCCUGAUCACGACACUUUUCGUUUAUUUUCAGACUAAAAAUACAUAUAUGGUUUAAGUUAGAGAAACCACUCGUAACUUCGGAUUUGAGAAAAACCAUGUACCCGACCCUUCGGGUCGCAUGCAUUUUUUUCACAAAUCCACAGCUGCUCGUGGUUUCUCCUAUACAUAAUUAACACCAGUACAACCUUCACUAAGAUCAUUUAAAGUAUAAUACUUGGGUUUAUAUCCCAUAGAAAAGUAACUUCUCGUCUUCGCUUCUAUUGAAACUAAACCUAAAAUCGUGAUAUGUUUUUUGAAUGUAUCUAUAAAAAGAAAGGUUGUACAUACGUAUCACACGUGAAAUCAUCCGUGGCGGGUUCGUACUUUUACGCAGAUAUAAUUGUAUAAUGUUUAAACUUCCCACAGUCAUUUACUAUGCUUAUGAUUUAAACUGUUUUUAAAAGAAAUAAAGUGGACAUAAUGGUUUCUAUUUGUGAAAUGUCAUUCAAGGUGAUGAUGUUGCUAACAGUUAUAUUUAACCUGUCUGAGGCAGAGCCUGAAAUAUGCUUUAAACGAACACAAACAUGCAAAGGACCUAGUUAUAUACUGAGGUGUAAAGACGGCGUUAUACAGCAAAUCAGCUUUAAGUAUGUGGUUGAGAAUACACAUUCUGUCCGAUGCUGUAAUUUGCAGUCUGACUACGAUGCUGAUUUCCAGGAAUGUCAAAAAGACAUCUCUAGAAGAUGCACAGUACCAUCAAAAUCAAUGGGAUAUCCCGAUGACUCAGACAGAGAGGACACAGAGGAAGAAUGUGACUAUGAGCGUUAUUUCAAGACUGCUACCGGGAUUGAGUACAAAUGCACCAAAGACGUGAAAGCUUUACCUCCUUCAUGCAAUUCUGAUACUACCGAAGAUGGAGGAGGAACUACCGAAGAUGGUGGAGGAACUACCGAAGAUGGAGGAGGAACUACCGAAGACAUAGGAGAAACAUCCAUGGUAAUUGUACCAAUUAUCGCUGUGCUGGCUGCACUGAUCAUAGCUGCUGUCGUACUUGCAGUUGUACUUUAUCUCAGACGAAGCCGAAAGAAAAGGAAUGGUACCAAAGCCCUUAAAGUGAAGGAAAGCAGCAAAGGUAAAGACAAUGCUGGUACAGAGGACGAAUAUAACACUAUACCAGCAGAUUAUGAAGAGAUACCACAGAAUUCCUACCAAGCCCUAGAAAGCAAGAAAACGGACACAGAACACGCUUAUUCUAACAAAAGUCGUGACGAUAGCGUGAGGUACAGCACAAUAGUUCUUAACGAAGAUACUGAAACAAACAUGAAUGCCUAUGGUUAUGAUAAAACUAAUCUUAAGAUAAGUUAUGAAGCAAAUGAAUUGAAAGACCAAGAAAGUUUGCAUAGUUAUGGUCAUUUUAGUGACACGUCAGACGAUUACAACAAAAUAAGAACAAACCUAAACAGACACAAUGUAGACAAAGAGUAUGCUCAUUUUGAAUCCGAACAAUCCAGUGACUAUUCACAUUUACAUGAUAAAAACAAAGAUUUACAACACAUGCCAAGCAAUAAUUACAACCACUUGCAAACAAAAUUCAAUCCCACUAGACCAAUAAAACGUGCCGACAGUUACGAACAACCGGUUCUUAAGGACAGGAAAGAUGUUCGGUUAAGCGAACCAAAAGCCAAAACGGGCGAGUAUGAGACAUCAGUAAAAGAUGUUGAACCUUCGGAAACUAAGGUCGAUUUCUCAAGGGAUGGUAAAAUGCAAAGGAAAGACAGUUACGAAGAGCCAGUACUAAUCUGUACAUCAGCAAGCAAUGAUAUUUUAAAGAAUGAGCCAAAAGUAAAUUUAAUAACGAGAGAUGAUUAUGAGGCGCCAGUAAGUUUAAAAGAUGCGUCAGUUGAUAACAGCAAUGUUUCCACGAAUGGUACAAUGAAAAGGAAAGACAGUUAUGAAAUACCUGUACUGAAGAACACUGAUGUGUCUAAAGAUUAUCAGUAAAACGAGUGACAAUUAUGAGACACCAUUAAGUUUUACGAGGUUCUGAAAAUGUUCUGGAAAAUGCUAAGACUGAGAUUUCUAAUAAUAAACAACUGUAAAGGGUAAAUAGUUACGAGACGCCAGUACUGAAAACAAAGAAAACCGAAUGAUAAUAUAUUAACAUGUUGAACUUUAAAUGAACAAUUAACUCCAUAUAAACGUUUGAUAUUUUUUAAAUUCAAAGCUAUAAACCCUUGUCUUCCGGCAAUAUUUAACAAAUAUGUUCUAUACAUGAUAUUUUUGUAAAUAUGUUCGCUAAAAUUUUAUGAAACGCUUCCUAAUAAUGUAAAUAUUGUUUGCUUAAGUGGCUAGUGCCCCAAGGGUCAAAGUCACUGGUUUCAUAUAUCAUUUUGGUCAAAGGUUUAUGAAAAAUUCAUCGGGGUCACCGCAUGCACUAACAUGAUUAAUCUCAAAUAACGACUGGUCUUAGUGAGGAAACAUUGAAAUGAUCAGCGUUUGACUUAGAGGCUCCAAACCCCAUGGUCACUUGAGAUAAUUUCCAAAAGAAACCAUAUAAUUUCAAACUUUAUUCAUUAUCUUAUUAAAUUCUUAGUUUGCCUAUGCAUAACCAUCUUCUACCGUUCAUUCCCCGUAACACCCCCACCAUUACACCCCAUUCAACUGAAACAUGUUCCACUUACCGCCGUCUUAUAGUAUUCCAAUCUGUUGCUAGUAAAACUGUUUUUCUGCAACACACACUCUCCCACCCUAGUAUUUCAACGCAUUAUUUUCAUACCCCUUCUUCUCUCAAUGUUUCACUUCAUUUUCAAACAAUUUCUAAUAUUUAAAUGCAAUGUCCUUCCGAUAGCUCUUGUUAUUGGUGAUGCUUUAUGUCAAAUUACAUUGUAUUAUCUUUUUA